CGCCCUGGUGGUUGCCAUCAUCUGCUACUCGCCCGCCCUGCGCACCCCCAUGUUCGUGCUGGUGGGCAGCCUGGCCACGGCUGACCUGCUGGCCGGCCUCGGCCUCAUCCUCAACUUCGUUUUCCAGUACGUGAUUCCCUCGGAGACGGUCAGCCUGCUGACGGUCGGCUUCCUCGUCGCCUCCUUCGCCGCCUCCGUGAGUAGCUUGCUGGCCAUCACGGUCGAUCGCUACCUCUCCCUCUACAAUGCCCUCACCUACUACUCGGAGAGGACGGUGCUCUGCAUCCACACCAUGCUGGCCGGUGCCUGGGGGGUCUCCCUGUGCCUGGGGCUGCUGCCCGUCCUGGGCUGGAACUGCCUCCACGACCGCACCUCCUGCAGCGUCGUCAGACCCUUGACCAAGAGUAACGUGACGCUGCUGUCUGCCUCUUUCUUUCUCAUUUUCCUCAUCAUGCUCCAUCUCUACAUCGAGAUCUGCAAGAUCGUCUGCAGGCAUGCCCACCAGAUAGCUCUCCAGCAGCACUUUCUGACUGCCUCGCACUAUGUCACCACCAAAAAAGGAGUCUCUACCCUGGCUAUCAUCCUUGGGACUUUCGGAGCCAGCUGGCUGCCUUUUGCCAUCUACUGUGUGGUGGGGGAUCCUGACUACCCCUCUGUGUACACGUACGCCACGCUCCUGCCUGCUACCUACAACUCCAUGAUCAACCCCAUCAUUUAUGCCUACAGAAACCAGGAAAUCCAGAGGUCCAUGUGGGUGCUCUUCUGUGGUUGCUUUCAGGCUAAAGUGUCCUUUCGCUCCCGGUCCCCCAGCGAUGUCUGAGUGACUUUUCUCUGUCAAGCUGCACCCAGUGACAAUCUACCCAGUGAACUAUUACAGUGCCUGUUCUAAACUUCAAACUACGUCGUGAAGUCGUUGGAAACAUGCUUAAGUAUUAGCACUUUAUACAUGUUUGUAUCUCAGAGAGUGGUUCGGGGUAUGGAGUUUUGGGUUCCCUGGAAAAAAAAAAAAAAAA